AUGGACUCCUAUGAUUAUAUUGUUUGCGGUGCCGGGACCGCCGGUCCAGUUGUUGCUGCUCGUUUAAGUGAAGAUCCAUCAGUCACGGUGCUCCUGAUCGAGGCUGGACCAGACAAUAUUGCUCUCGAGAACACACACAUGGUUGGCGGGUGGUCGCAAAACUUCGACACCGAGAAUGACUGGAAUUUCGUUUCGGAACCGAAUGCAGCUGCUGCAAACCGUGAGAUUAAACUCUCUCGGGGCAAGUUUCUGGGGGGAAGUUCGGCGGUGAACGGCACGUUGAUGGUGAGAGGUGCCAAGCAAGAUUAUGACGAUUGGGAAUCCAUGGGAAACACGGGAUGGGGAGCAGAGCAGAUGUGGUAUUAUUUCAACAAAAGUGAGACUUUUCACUCUCAGGAGGGGUUUAAGGAGGAUGUCUCCUCACAUGGGAAGACUGGCCCCAUUCACACCACCGUUCAUCCUUACGCGCCCAUAUCAAACCGCGUAUACGAGUCUUUCAUAGAUAAAGGAUUCCCCAUGGACGAUGAUAUGUUCGUUAGCGGAACACGUGCGCAUGGUUGUGGGCAUUGUACAAGAUCGGUGUGGAAAGGAAUGAGAAUGACGGGAGGAGAAUAUAUCCGGAGUUCAAUUGGCGACUUGAGACUAGCCAGAUCCAACAAUCUCCAUGUGGCUUUUGGCUGUCAGGUUACUAGAGUAAUCCUGGACAGCAAGAACCAAGUCAAAGGUGUGGAAGUUAUCAAGGGCCUCUCCAACGAGACCGUCACAGUCAAGUGUCGUCGCGAGGUAAUCCUUAGCAUGGGGAGCUAUGGCAGUCCACAAACACUUCUACUUUCUGGCAUCGGGCCUAAAGAAGAACUUCGUGAAGUCGGAGUGCAGCCACGUGUGGACCUCCCUGGAGUUGGAAAAAACUUAGAGGAUCAUUUGACUGUGUUUCUCUUUUAUGAAGUUCCUCAAGGAUUUACCACUGAUCAUUUACUCCACGGAGAAGGAGUAUGGGAGAAGUCUCGAGAAGAGUGGCGCACAACGCGAGGCGGUACACUAUGUCGAUCGCAUUUUGGUUCUUUCGCGUUUACACGUAUGGAUGAUAGAUUGAGCAAGCACGAGUCGUGGCAAAAAGCAAAGGCCAAAGCCAAACCUGGUCGGGAUCCGUUAGGUUUGACAUCUACACAAGCGCAAGUAGAGUACUUCACAACGGAAAGAUACGCUGCGCCCAAGCACUACAAUAAUCCACCCCCAACUGGUCGCAGCGCGUUUGGUCUCAUUAUCAUGGGACUCGGUUCGCUGUCACGAGGAUAUUUGAAGAUCAGGAGCAGGAAUCCUCGAGAUAAACCAAAUAUUCAACACAACUACCUCUCGAAUCCAUUGGAUGUUCUAGUUCUUGCAGAAGCAUGCAAACUGGGUUCUCAAACCAUCUUGGAAGGUAAAGGAACAAAGGAUUUGAUCUUGGGAUCUUGGCCUACUGAAGAUAAGCACCAUCAAUUUACGGAACUUUCUCAGUGGGAAGACUACGUUAGAAAGAAUGCCACGACAUGUUUCCAUCCAUCUAGUACAUGCAAGAUGGGCCCAACUUCUGAUCCUGGUGCGGUGGUUGAUGCGCGUUUGAGGGUACGUGGUGUGCAAGGGCUCCGGGUGGCAGAUUGUAGUAUCAUGCCGAAGCUGAACAACGGCCAUCCUCAAGCGGUCGCAUAUGCUAUUGGAGAAAAAUGCGCAGAUAUGAUUAAGGAUGACUGGAAGGAUCUAAGAAAGAAGGAUACAUUUAUAGCCACCUCCCUGCUUUGA